AUGAUUGAUAUCAGUUUAUCAAGAGCUGAUUUAUCGAAAUGCGUCCAAUUAACAACACCACUUAAUAAACUAAAAAGAAAAUGGGUAAUAGCUUUAGUAACAGUGAUUCAAGUAACCCUUCAAGCGACAACUCAAGCUUUAAAAAAGGCUAUAAAGCUUUAUAAUUCACUGGGCACACGAUCUGAAACAGAGCUUAAUAAUUUGAUAAAUAGCAUUGGAGGAAUGUUUCGCAUUGGUUUCGAAGUAGAUGGAAUUGUUUUGGAAUGGAGUACUGGUGCCGCUGGUCCUCAUCUUAUUUAUCUAAAGAUCUAUUGUCAAUUACAAUUCAAAUUUUAUCCAUUAUAUCAACAAUAUAUAAAAAGUUUUGUUACAAAUAUUGGUGUUAUUCCUUUCCAAAAAUUACAAAUUAUUGCUCAAAAUUCGUGCUUUAUAUCUUACAAUCCACUAAAUCACAAUUGCCAACAUUUUAUUGAUAAAAUGCUCAAAGCACCUGAUUUAGAAUUUCAUCCUGAAGGCGAAUUCAAAAAUUUUCUGGACAGAAUUAUUAAUUAUGCAGAUGAUAACUUCUUGUUCCAAAAGAUAGUUUUCUUUUUGAGAGAGGAGCUUGAUCAAUAUGCUGAACAGAAUUGGGAUAAAUUCAAAUAUUUGGGAUAA